CGUGAUUAACGGUAAAAUUAGUGCACAAUUUCUUAUCACCACAACUGUGGAUCGAUCACCCGUACGUGUAGACGCUGCUUCACCACCAACCGGCGACAGAGCGAGAGAAUGUAAAUAAUUACACAAAGUUGUGUUUAGUUGCGCAAAGCCCUCGAAAGCAAUCUCUUCUGCUGCGAGGAUCACGAUGGACGGAACGGAUUUCCUGCUCGGUGGUGUCGGCUCUAUGGCCGCAACGUUAAUCACGAACCCGCUGGAGGUGGUGAAAACGAGAAUGCAACUGCAGGGCGAACUUGCGGCGAAGGGAACCUACCACAAACCGUACCGGAGCGUGGUGGACGCAUUUAUAACGAUCGCGAAAAACGAUGGCUAUGCAGCGCUGCAGAAAGGGCUGGCACCGUCCCUGUGCUUCCAGUUCAUACUCAACUCGUGCAGAUUAGGCAUAUACAACACGGCCAACGAGCACGGAUGGACCAAGCAGAGCAAUGGCAAUCAAUCGAUACUGAAGAGUGCCUUCUGGGGUGCUGCCGGAGGAUUUGUCGGCUCGGCUUUGGCAAGUCCCUUCUUUAUGCUACGCACACAUCUCCAAUCACAGGCCAAGGCAGAAAUAGCGGUCGGUUACCAGCACCAGCACAGCGGUAUGAUCAGCGCUAUGAAAGACAUUUUCAAGAAGCACGGCGUGCAGGGACUGUACCGUGGCGUGGCAGUGACGAUGCCACGCGCCUUGCUGGGUAGCGGUGGUCAGCUGGCCGCAUUCGGUUACACGAAAGAUUUUCUCGUUCGACAUCCGGUUAGUGCGCAGCAAAGCGAUACGUUUGUGUCGACUGUCGCCGGCGCGGUCGGAGGCACGGUAAUGGCCAUCACGAUGACACCGCCGGACGUUAUAGCGACACGUCUGUACAACCAAGGAGUAGAUGCCAAGGGUAGGGGGAUUUACUACAACGGGGUGGUGGAUUGUUUCGUAAAAAUACUCAAAGCCGAGGGUGUGGCCGGGCUGUACAAAGGCUUUUGGCCACACUACAUGCGAAUUGGGCCGCACGCAACGCUGGUGUUGCUAUUCUUCGAUGAACUGAAAACGAUGCGCAGGAAAUACUACGAGGCUAAAUAGUUUGCCCGGUCGAACGGCCACGAAAAGACUUUGUUACUUUCUGUAUUUUAGCGUAUAGCAAAAAGUCGGUAGCUAACAGUGUUGAAAAUGUU